AUGGCGGCGGCUGCCCCUACCAAUUUCUCUACCUCCGCUACGGCCUCCUCAUCCAAAGCCUUAACACAUCCUGCUCGAGUGCCGACAAGAUCCUUGAGCUUCCUAUCAUCCUCCUUUUCUCCUAAGCUGCUGUGGGUUGCCGCUGGUUCCCGCGCCGCUCCCGCCUCUGGAUCUGCUAUGGCGGUUCGCAUGGUUUCGACCCCCGCCAUCAAGCCCCCGGCAUCCCUGGAUUUCGACACAUCUCUGUUCACAAAGGAGAAAAUCAACCUAGCCGGUCACGAUGAGUUCAUUGUAAGAGGAGGAAGAAACUUGUUUAAAAUGUUGCCAGAUGCGUUCAAGGGUAUAAAGCAGAUUGGAGUGAUCGGUUGGGGCUCACAGUCCUUAUUCAGAAGGUACACUGAAAAUGGCAUGAGUGAGGAUCUUGCUUACAGGAACACUGUGGAGAGUAUUACAGGAAUAAUAUCUAAGACCAUAUCAACAAAGGGCAUGCUGGCCGUCUAUAAUGCACUAAGUGAAGAUGGAAAGAAAGAAUUCGAAGCAGCUUAUAGUGCUUCUUAUUAUCCAUGUAUGGAUAUCCUAUAUGAGUGCUAUGAAGAUGUUGCCAGUGGCAGUGAGAUAAGGAGUGUUGUCCUUGCUGGCCGUCGUUUUUAUGAAAAGGAAGGUUUGCCAGCUUUCCCAAUGGGCAAAAUUGAUCAGACACGAAUGUGGAAAGUAGGUGAACGAGUUCGAGCGACACGUCCCGCUGGUGACUUGGGACCUCUGUACCCUUUCACUGCAGGGGUUUUUGUGGCCCUAAUGAUGGCCCAGAUUGAGAUUUUGAGGAAGAAGGGCCACUCUUACUCGGAGAUUAUAAACGAGAGCGUGAUUGAGUCUGUGGAUUCGUUGAAUCCAUUCAUGCAUGCCCGAGGUGUUUCCUUUAUGGUCGACAACUGUUCCACAACGGCCCGACUGGGAUCAAGGAAGUGGGCCCCAAGAUUUGACUACAUUCUCACCCAGCAGGCUCUGGUUGCCGUGGAUAAUGCUGCUCCUAUCAAUCGGGAUCUCAUCAGCAACUUCCUUUCAGAUCCUGUGCAUGGGGCCAUUGAAGUAUGUGCCGAGCUGAGGCCAACCGUCGAUAUCUCUGUGCCCCCGGAUGCCGAUUUUGUCCGUCCGGAGCUCAGACAAUCUGGCAACUGA